AAAAUGGUUUCUCAUGAUGGUUUAUACGGAAGAAAAGAUUCACAAAGCGUUGACUUUCCCGAUGCCGUCCCUCCUCCUCCGCAUCGUCCUCCUCCUGCUACCCUCCCUCCUCGCCGCCACCGGCACCGCCGACGACAUCUGCAUCGUCGGCAGCGGCAUCUCGGGCGCCUCCACAGCCUUCUUCCUCACCAACUACACCACCUCCCUCCCCCAGCUCCGCGUCUUCGAGCGCCGGGGAAAGGUCGGCGGCCGCCUCGCCACCGUCACCAUCGGCGGCGAAGAUUUCGAGGCCGGCGGCGCCAUCAUCCACCCCCGCAACCUCCACGUGCGACGCUUCGCCGCCCUCCUCGGCCUCUCCGCCAGGGACGACGGCGACGACGACUGGCUCGGAAUCUGGGACGGCGGCCGCUUCGUGUUCAGUACCCUCCGGCCGCCGCCGCCGGGAAGCUCCUGGCUGCGCCGCAGGCUGCACGGCCUCGCCAACUCGCUCGUGCUGCUCAGGCGCUAUGGCCUCUCGCUGCUCAAGAUGGACAGCUUUGUGCAGGAAAUGUUGCAAAAAUUUCUGCUAUACUACAAUGGGUUUGAGUCCCGCCCUGUGUUCGACAGCGUUGAGGAGAUGCUCAAGUGGUCGGGCCUGUAUGGGCUCACUCAGAGGACUCUAGAGGAGGAGCUCAUUGAUGCUGGGCUGAAUUCUCAAACUAUAUCAGAGCUUGUCACCGUGAUAACAAGGAUCAACUAUGGACAAAGCGUGAGUAUAAGUGGCCUUGCGGGCGCUGUGUCUUUAGCUGGCUCCGAGUCUGGAUUAUGGGCUAUCAAAGGAGGAAACUGGCAGCUAGCUGCUGGGUUGCUUAAGACUGCUAACGCCACCUUGCAUCUCCAAGAAGGCAUAGACUCAAUCUCUGAUGCAGGGGAUUACUACGUUCUGAAAUCCAAUGAAGGGCAUGAAUAUAACUGUAAGGUGACGGUUGUUGCAACACCACUCGACGAGGUGAACAUUAAAUUUGCCCCUCCAAUCUCCAUUCCACCGAGGAAGAUGCAGCACACCCAUGCAACAUUUGUCAAGGGCCUCUUGAACCCUGAAUUCUUUGGUUUGGGCUCAGUUUCAGAUAUUCCACAGCUGAUAGCAACCAUGGAGCUCCCGGAUAUCCCUUUCUCAUCCAUCUCAGUUCUGAAGAAGCAUGGGGAGCAUGACAUGACUUACAAGGUGUUCUCGCAUGCGAAGCUGAAUGACACUUUACUGGACCAGAUCUUCAGCACAAGGGAGGAGACCAUCCGGAUAGACUGGCCUGCUUACCCCCACUACCAUGCCCCUGAAGAUUUCGCGCCGAUCAUACUGGACGGGAAACACCUGUACUACGUGAACAGCUUCGAGAGUGCUGCGAGCGCCAUGGAGACGGGCGCUGUCGCAGCGGAAAACGUGGCAAGGCUCAUCAUCUCAAGGCUGCCUCUUGGCCUGCGAGCCGGGCUCUCGUCGGCGGUGUCUGAGCUUCACAUCAAAUCGUUCUCUGGCGAGCAAGAUUCUGGGAGGGUAGACCUGUGAAUGUUGAAGACAAUGCUUAGUUUUGAUGCCCAGAGUCGCUGUAGCCCCCCUGUUUCUGUACACGCAUUGCAGGCUGUGUAGUGGAGUGUGGACCUGAUGUAUAUACAAUACAGGUAAAACAAAAUACAGAUUUAAUAACAAUUUUGCACUGUGUGUAAUACUUUGAA